AAAAAUGUAUACAAAUGUAUGCAUGGAAGCCUACUCGUAAUGAUGAGUUGCACUGUACAUGUAUAUACUUUUUUUACCAUUUGGUGAUAAUUUUUGAUGCCUAAAUGAUUUUAGUGUUUUGUUUUAUUAUAUCAAUAUGUAUAUGUGUGCAUAAUGUAUGAUAUGUAAUGCGAUAUCUGACAUGUUUCUGCUUAACCUUGCUGCUGAAACUAUAAUGAAUUAUCGACGAAAAAUUCAAUUAAAAUUUAUAGAAUGACUUGCAUCAUUUCUUGAUACGCCACAAUUUUCUCGCUUUUCUUAAUGCGGCAUAUUUAUCAUUAUAUGCCCUAUAUUUAGCAUUAUUGUACAUUCCAUUUUCAAUGAUGCAGUCUUUCCGUGAAAAUAUCUUUCUCGAUACUCGAUAAUUGAACGCAAUAAAGAGCAGAACGCUUAUAUAAUGCGGAUGUACACUAUUAACAUGGAAUCUGACAAAGAAAUCGUGUAUAAGGCACAAGAUCGCGACAUUGCUUCUAGCCCGAUUCGUUUGGAUCCUGACGAAGAUACUCCCGAUAUAAAAUAUCCUAUUCAGAGUGAAGCUGAAAUCAUGAGAAAGACUAUCGAGAGCAGAAAUAUAAUUAAAGGUAAGAAAGUAGGCUAAAAGACACUCUAUAUUGCUUUUUGCAAAAACAAAGAUCUUUCAUAUUCUAUAUCAGAUUCUGAAACUUAUGACAAAUACGAGGAAGAUGAAAGCCUUACACGAUGGCAAUUAUCGAGAAAACCAUCGGCUUUCUCGUCACUAGUAUGUUAUAUAUUUAUUGCAUUUAUUUAUUAAAAAGCUAGAUUUAGUCGAAAUCAAUUAUAUCACGUUUUUAAUACAGAAGGACGAUUUAUUAUUUCAACAUUUUUUUUAAUGAGACAGAUAUUCUUUGUUCGCUUGACAGAUUUUCUCGAUGUAUUUUUUACACGCUUUCCAAAAAAAGCGAUAUUUGCAUUAUAAACGAGUUUUUUGACACCUUGUCUUUAUUUAAUUAAUGCACUUGACAUUGCACUUGACUUGCUUGACCAAUCCGAUUUUGAAUUUAAACAAUUGCAUGCGAAAGAAUAAUUAACUGAUAAAUUAUACAAUGAUCUGUAUAAAUACCUUAAUGUAAUACAUACGUAAAAUACUGCCAUAUUAAAAAAUAUAUUUUUUUAAUAUAAAGAAUUUCUGUGCGUGUCAUAUGUCAAAUAAAAGCUAAAAUUAUAAUCUCGAAGCUAUUUAAAAGUGUAUCAAAAUACAUAUAAUUUAUAGAUAUAAAAAAUAUUAUACUAUACAUAUCGCUUCUGAAUAAAUUUUUGUUUCAGCUACGUGAAUGGAAUGUGAUACAGGUAAUUCUGCUAUAUAACUAAGCAUUGUAUAAUUCGACUAUCACAACGCGAAUGUCUUCUUUAUUCCUAAAUUAAUGCUGUAUUAAUUAAUGUCUACAAUUUUGAGUAGCAUCAAAAUAUCGAAUAAAAUCAUAAAGAUGUUGCGAAAUAUCGCAAAUAAGCUAUCAUGUUUCUUGCAGGUAUCGAUUAUUGCACAUUUCAUGUAACGAUUUUAUUAAAGUAAAAGAUAUAUUACAUCAUACGAUAUCAAUUUAGUCAAAGUUUCUGGAAAUUGAAAUAAUGACGAAGAAAGCACACACAGCGUUGGAAAAAGAACAGGCGGCAAGCGCGGCUGCUGAAGCCGAGGAAAUUAGAACGCAGAUGAUUAAAGACAUGUACGAGGAGAUUCGUUUGGAGAAGUAUAAUAUGGAGAGGCAAGCGUUGCUCGAGGAACAGGAGGCAGAAAUGCGUAAGGUUCAAGUGGAGAAGACGCAGGACGCGCUUCGUGAUUAUAAAGACGCAUUUGCGGAAUACGUAGCGGCCGCCGAAGACGAGGAAAAUUGGUUUAGAUAUAUAACGUGCGACGGAUUGCCAGAUCCCGGGAGCUUAUCCGAGAUGAAUACUUAUAUAUUUUUAUGGUCCAUGGAAGAUGAGAAAGUUAACAUGAGCAGUUUCGUUGUGAAAUACAAUAUUAUUAUCUACCUAUUAGUGAGACUCGACGAGAUAAUACGAUUCUCUGUGACGAGAUCGCUCGAUUACAUAACCGAAUGCGAGACGAUUAGGCAACGAUUCCGAGACAAGCUUCGAGAAUGGACGGACGCGGCAUGUUACUCUCUUCUGCGUGAAAUAGAGAGGAAUAUGAUCCGCGAAGGUAUAAAAACGGCGAGAUACAUCAGCGUCUCCGAUCAGAUUAUUUACUGCGUUUGGGCUUUGAUAAAAUUGCCCAUCGGACUUAAGCAGGUCACCGAUAAGGAUCGAAAACCGAUCGAAGUACAUUUCGAGGAAUUGGAAUUGACCAUUAAAAUGCCUCUCGACAUCGAUUGCUACUGCAUGGCGAUUCGGGCGUUGUGGCUAAAUCACGAUUAUUACUCCGAUUACGCGAUCUCGUAUGUCAUGCCAAAAUUGCCAGACGAAUACGAAAACAUGUACGCUAUAGAUUUCCUUACUUACUGCCAAAACGAGUAUGACGCGAAAGUAAAGAUACGCGAGGAUCAGGUCGAGGGUCGUAACUUGCGACUGCAGGAAAAGAAAGCUAUACUCGAGAAGAUAGAGAACCCGCCGGUCCAGGUGCCCACGAAACUCGACAGGAAAGGGAAGCAAAAGAAACCGGGCGUCCCGGGUGCGAAACGUCCGGAACCGGAACCGGAAACAGAACAGCUGUCGUAUCUACCUACACCGGACGAGAUCAUUUUACAAAGAGAGGACGAAGCGCGAAAAGAGAUUAGAAAAUUACUAUUUACGCGAUGCGAAAAGACAGAGAUAAAUUUGCGAAAAUACAGGAUACUCGGCGGUGUAUUACACAUCGAUUUAGUUUAUCAGCCGCCGCAACCCAAAGACAUGAGCAAAGACAUGAUGCUUACCACCUUACAAAUUCCCAAAAAAUUGAAAUUCGUACCAUUCUGUAAACCGUACAAGGCACCACCGCCGGCACCCGAUUCUGAAAGAACGCCGGAAGUGAUCGAAGCAGAGAUGAAAGCUUUGGAGACUGCGAUGGAGGCAUUGGUUCUAGUAACUUUAAAACUUCCCAGUUCUAUUAUUUGGUUUGAACCGCCGUUGGUGGCACACUGGAUACCUGAGAAAAACUUAUGGUCCACGCAGGAUGUGCACGAUAUCAAGUACAACGAGGAGAAGCAAACUAUCACGUUUAGAACCGGCAGACUGGGCGUCCAUGGCCUCGCUGCUCUCAAGUUCGUCAACAUCCCCUUUCAAAGUUGGGAACUUAAGCCUGAGAUGGGCAGAAACGCGCGAGGCGGAGUUGUACUCAAUAUAUCCGCCGCCAUCAUUCAAGCAGAAUUUAUCGUCAGGGAAGACUUGGUCUGUCUAAAUUCGCUGGCUGGCGGUAUGUCAACGGCGCUCAAAGAAAUGAUUGGAGAAUAUAUGAAACUGUAUCUUUUGAUUGAGAAGAUGCGUGACGCCGGAUGCGAUUUGUUUCCAGAGCGAGAUGCCUUCAGUUAUGUAAAAGCUCUUUCGGUAAAGCAUCCAGUAACGGAGAAGCACUUGCGAGAAUGUAUCUCUCUGCUUUGCACGACGUAUACAUUCUCUUGGUCACGCUGGAACGCUACUCGAAAUUCCAGGGAAAUUGUGAUACAAUUCAAAGAACAUCACGGAUGCGUCGCGAAAGAGCGAACAAACUUGACUCUUUUGGUAACUCCCUUGCGAACAAUGACAGUAUCUUGUACCGAAGUGAGUUCAGAAUUUUCCGAUGUACCUCUGGAUGGUGAAAAUGCAAAGUUUUAUGCUGAUCUAUAUCACUUAGCGCUGCAGAACGCUGGGAUUAAAAGUCGACUUUUGAUGAAGAACGUCUCUUUCAAACUUGCCAAUACUGUCACGGAACUUCUGGGUUACACUAAUGUAAUCAACAUGUCAUCUUAACAAGUGUUUCCGAGAAAAAAAAAUAAAUAAAUGUAAUAUAUUCUUCAACAAGUUUAUUAAAUUCUUUUUCUUCAUAUUUAUGAGAAAACUAUGCUAAAAACAUAUAUGCUUUGUAUCACACUCAUUUUACGGCUGUUUAUUAACUGUCAAGGGAAAAGCAUAGUUUUCGGACAAUUUUACAAGUGUGCUAAAGCUUUCUGUAGUGUUUUGAAUUGUUGUAGUAUUGUUAUCAAAACAUCUUUUUAUUUAAAAAUGAUACGCAAAAAUUUUCAGCGUGUCAUUCUCGCCUCUAACAUUACGAUUCCGAUAUGGCCGCGGCGAGAACCCAGGACCCUUAAACAAUAGAUAAACUUUGUUUAUCUAUUUAUUAUUAAGCUAGUUUCCCACGAUGCGAUUUUUCGUGCAAGUUUACUUGCGAGGAGCCCUGCCAGCCACCGUGCAGGCUACGCAGCGAGAAAAGUUGCUUGCUGCGAGUAG